AUGUCUUUCCCUCAGACGCCGAUGCGCCAACUGCCCGGCGCUUUUCUCAACACCCCGGCUGUCGCAUCGAAAUUCAAUGCCCACCAAGACCCCAUCCGCCGGCAACUCUUCCCACAGCGCUCGACGUCUUCGAAUAGUCAAGCGCCUAGAUUUGCACAGGUUGCCGGGCCUGGUCUCAAUGCGCCCACCAACCCCAUCCAGGACCAGAUGAUGCGAGGAGGAAUACAGGACGCUUCCAUGCCCGCCCCAUCUCCACUGUCCAAGGCUGCGGGCUUCAUCAGCCACGUCCUCAGAGAGGAUGAGCAAUAUCCCGAGCUCGACACAUACUGCAAACAACCAUCGUCCGAUUACGACCUCACCCACAUCGACUCAGCAUGGGCGCCCUUCCAACACACCCACACGUACCAGAUACCACAGGAAGUCCUCCAGCAUUACAAUGGAGCCCAGGUUUCCACCAUGAUGGGCCUGUUCGCCGAACUCAACCACGCCUGGGUGACAAUCGACAACUGCCUAUACAUCUGGGAUUACACGCACCCGAACCCCGAACUCAAGGGCUACGAAGACAGCCCCCAGAGCAUUACCGCGGUCAAGCUCGUGGCCCCGAAACUUGGUGUCUUCAACUCUGUCAUUAGCCACAUUCUAGUAGUCGCCACCACGUCGGAGAUGGUUCUUCUUGGAGUCGGGGUGAGCGACGCUGGCACCGGUGCAAAGAGUGUUGAGCUGUAUCAGACAAAGAUCUCGCUGCCACUACGAGGCAGCGAGGCGCGCGUCAUUGCUGGUUCCGCCAACGGGCGCAUCUUCUUCGCCGGGCAGUCUGACAGCGACAUAUACGAAUUUUUCUACCAGGAAGACGAGGGGUGGUUCACAAGCAGGACUGGCAAGAUAAACCACACAUACCCUGGCUGGAGUGCUGUGGUCCCCAAACCAUCGCAGUUCUGGGGCAAGGGUGCGAACGAGUACAUCGUGGAACUAGUUGUAGACGACAGCAGAAGCCUGCUCUACUCCCUCUCCAACACCUCUACCGUGCGGACUUACCAUAUCCAAGACAAGGACAAGCUUACCAAGGUCAUCGAGAAGACUAAGGGUGACUUUCUGCAGGAUAUUGGCCACCACAUCGGUGCAGGUGUGUCACCGCUACUCACACCAAACAUGGACAUUGUAUCCAUCAGCCCCAUCUCUGCGGUUGAAGAUCACAAGGUCCAUCUCAUGGCCCUCACCAACACGGGAUGCCGUCUCUUCAUGAGUGCGACCAGUGCCACCACAUACAUGACGAGCGCAUCUCGUCAGGCUCCGCAAAGCAUGCAACUCCAGACCAUCAAGUUCCCGCCACCUGAUGCGGCGACCCAGCGGAGAUCAACAAGGGCCGACCCGUAUGCCGACGCGGUCAAUGUUCAUUCCACAUCGCUCCAGAUGAGUCGACGAGGAGUCCGGUUUCCUCCCGGCUACUUUAUCGAUAUUGUCAGCAAGGCAGACCAACCGACUCGGGAUGUGCUGUUCGUGUCGGCACCUGAUAGCGGACGCAUUAAGAACAGCGGUCGAAGUCAGAUCAACCCCAGACUAUACGAACAUGCCAACUGGAUCGACCUUGCCAGCCGGGCCGAGGACAUCGGUCUGAUCACUAAGCCAUUCCGUGCAGCCAACCAGCCAAGGGGAUUCGCAAAUGAACUCGCUGUCCAGUUUGACGAGCCCAGCGGCAGCGAAUUUGCUAUCCUCACGAAUGACGGUGUUUAUGUCGUCAGGCGGAGGAGACUGGUCGAUAUCUUCGCUUCGGCUAUUAGGACUACUGUCGGAGAAGAAGGACUGAAGGCCGAGGUCAAUAAGUUCCAGAGCGCCUACGGUCGAGUCGAGACCAUCACGGCUGCGCUGGCUGUGGCCUGCCGCCAAGGUGAGAACGGUCGUUUCGCAGUUGGACGUAGUGCCAUUGACCAAUCGACCAUCGAUCGCGCGAAGCAGGUGUUCAUCAACUUUGGCGGCAAUCCGAUGCUACCUGAGCAAGAUGGACAGCCUGCCAACGUGUCCAUGGUGAGGCCAUCGUCUCGUCAUGCCGCCCUGACCCUCUAUCUAAGUAGGCUCGUUCGGUCAAUGUGGAACUCGCGAGUCGUCUCUGUCAAAUUCCAGCCCAACGGCCGUCCUGAUGUGAGCAGUGCCAUCCCGGUUGCUAAGCUGCAGGCGGUCCAGGAAAGCAUCGAGGGCCUGCGCAAAUUUCUCAGCGAAAACCGGUCAUUCAUCCAGGGUCUAUCUGGGCCGUCGGAUCUGCGGAGAGCUGCCAGCAAACAAGAAGAGCUAGCUUUCCAGGGCGAACAUCAGGCGAUGCACGCGGUGGAGGUCCUGAUGACCGAUGUCACAGAAGGCAUAUCAUUUGUCAGGACACUGUUUGAUGAGCGGGUCUCGGAUAUCUAUGAACGACUGGAUGACGAAUCGCGGCAGCAGCUUCAAGAUUUGAGUUACGAGUGCCUGUUUUCGCAGUCGGCUGGCAAGGAGCUCGCCAAGGUUCUCGUAAAAGCGAUCGUGAAUCGGAACAUAGAGAACGGAUCUAACGUCGAGACAGUGGCUGAUGCGCUUCGACGGAAGUGCGGCAGCUUCUGCAGUUCUGACGAUGUUGUCAUAUUCAAAGCACAGGAGCAGUUGAAACGGGCUUCAGAGCCGUCCCUGAACCCGACAAAUUCCCGCACGCUUCUCCACGAGAGUCUGAAGCACUUUCAGAAGGUCGCGAGCAGUCUCACGCAAGCCAACCUCGAGUCAGCCAUCGAGCAAUAUGUCAACCUGAGAUAUUAUGCCGGAGCCAUCCAACUGUGUCUGGUCGUGGCCGACGCAAAAGAUCGGGGGAAGGCGGCACUCUCCUGGAUCAACGACGGGAGGCCUGGCGGUGAUCCCAGAUCGAAAGCCUUUGACGAACGGAAGAUAUGCUAUAACCUGAUUCAUCGCGUGCUGCAAGAUUUGGAUAUCGCGUCGAGCCGAGAGCCAGAGUCGAUGGAUGGCAAGCCGACGCUGAUCACCACCAAGCGCGCGGAGGCGUACGAAGUCGUGAACGGCUCAACAGACGAGGUCUUCCACCUCGACCUCUAUGAUUGGUACAUAACGCAAGGAUGGACAGACCGCCUGCUGGGAAUAGAAUCCCCAUAUGUUACCACUUUCCUGCGAAGGCUGGCCUCUCAGGAUGUCGAGCAUGCCGAUCUCCUUUGCAGAUUCUACACCAUGCGCAGCAUGUACUUCAACGCUGCCAAAGUUCAGUUCGACCUCGCCCAAUCCGACUUUGACAUAAGCAUCAAGGACCGCCUCAUGCUGCUAAGUAAGGCCAAGACCAACGCCAGUGUUAUGACCACUGGAGUCAGCCGCCAAGAACAGCAGCUUCUCAACCACGACGUCAGCGAACUGCUGGAUGUCGCGCACAUCCAGGACGAUCUGCUGGAAAGACUAAAGUCGGACGGUAGAAUACCCGCUGAGCGGUUACCCGAGAUCCAGAAAGUUUUGGAUGGACAGAUCCAACCUCUAUCUGAACUUUUCAACAACUACGCCGAUCAAGCAGGGUACUAUGACCUCUGUCUGAUCAUCUACCAUGUCGCCGACUUUAGGAACUCGACCACUAUUACCCAAACAUGGAGCAAUCUCAUCCAACAAACCCACGACGAGGUUGUAGAGCAAUGGGCCUCAUACAACGAGGAGCGUCUCCAACGAGGAUCGCAACCUGGAGACCCGCCGCCUCAGCCCUACGAAAAGCUCGUAGGCCAGAUUCAAGACAUUUGCCAUCGGUCCAGCAAUGACUCCUUCAUCUUUCCCGUCCCUACUCUCCUGCCCGAUAUAUGUCGGUACGCUCUGGAGAACGGGCAGGAUGGACGGAUUGGUGCCGAUGUCAACUGGCCGGUGAUCGUCUUCCUCCAGCUCGGUGUGAGCCACGACCUGGUUGUCCGCGUCCUUGAGACCAUGUUUGAGGCGCAGGAGGUCCCCUUCCGUGGCGCCAGCAGAGCGAGGGUUGUCGAAUGGAUCUGUUUUGCCGUCAGUCAGUGGGUUCGUGACCUCAGCAGGCAUGGUCGUCCAGAAGCCAGACUGGAGCCCUGGGUUGGGGAUCUGAUGGUCGAAUGUGAUACGUGGACAUCGGCCAAUGUGCGCGGUAGCAACGAAGGCGGCGCGGAUCCCCGAGAUUUAGCGAGAAGCGUGAAGGAUGUGAGGAGGAUCGUGGACGGACUGGUAGUCGCACGGAUGGGGAAUCGCAGUAUGGGAUUCUUUUGA